UCCUCCGCUCCUCCGGGCGCCCGUCCAGGCUCUCCGCACCGGCACCCGCAGAGACGCCCCCAGCCCCGACUCAAUGCAGGCCAUCAAGUGUGUGGUGGUGGGCGAUGGAGCCGUGGGCAAGACCUGCCUCCUCAUCAGUUACACCACCAAUGCCUUCCCGGGCGAGUACAUCCCCACCGUGUUCGACAACUAUUCGGCCAAUGUGAUGGUGGACAGCAAACCGGUGAACCUGGGCCUGUGGGACACGGCCGGGCAGGAGGAUUAUGACCGGCUGCGGCCACUCUCCUACCCGCAGACGGAUGUCUUCCUCAUCUGCUUCUCACUGGUCAGUCCUGCCUCCUACGAGAACGUCCGGGCCAAGUGGUUCCCCGAGGUGAGACACCACUGCCCCAGUACGCCCAUCAUCCUGGUGGGCACCAAGCUGGACCUCCGGGACGACAAGGACACCAUCGAGAAGCUGAAGGAGAAGAAGCUGAGUCCCAUCACCUACCCGCAGGGCCUGGCGCUGGCCAAGGAGAUUGACUCCGUGAAGUACCUGGAGUGCUCCGCACUCACCCAGCGGGGCCUGAAGACGGUCUUCGACGAGGCCAUCCGGGCCGUGCUGUGCCCGCAGCCCACCCGGCAGCAGAAGCGCGCCUGCAGCCUCCUGUAGGGGUGCAGCCGCCCUCCCAGCCUGAUCAUUGCACCCCCCACCCCUCCCCAGAGCCUGAUGGUGGAGUUUGGCUGAUGAUGCCCGGACCGGAA